ACUCAGCUGGCACUGACAUGGAGCUCAUGUCCUCCAUGAUGCAAAAAAUCACUCUGUUGGAACAAGAAAUAGAGAAACAAGCACAGGAAAUCCAACUGAAGGACAGGAGGAUUGCUGAACUUGAAGAGAAGAUGAAAGCCCUUCAGGAAGGAGAAGGUAAAAAUUGUUCUACCCUUGCAGAGGAACUGGAAAUUCGGUGCCUUCAGCUGCAGACCCAGGUCUCUGAGAUGGAGUGCUUUCUAAAUGACUAUGGCCUGAUUUGGGUUGGAGAGAGACAUGAACAGCCAGAAGAUCUAGAAUCACUUGAGGAUGAAGAAGAGCUGCCAGCAAGGAGCCUCUGGAAGUCAGGUGAAGCGGUCAUUUCCAAACACCAGAUCGAUUUUGAUUUAAUCAUGAGAAACGUGAAAGAUUUGAACGCGCUGGCUGGAGAAGGCGUUUCUCGAAUCGAGUACACGCCUGGGGGUGCUCGGUUGAGACAGUCAGCAGCCCUCCCUCUCACGCUGUACCAAAACGGGAUCGUCAUGUUCAACGGACCCUUUCGGCCCUAUGGGGACCCAUCCACGCAGCAAUGCCUGCAGGAUAUUAUGGAUGGCUAUUUCCCCUCAGAGCUGCAGAUGCGCUACCCAGAGGGCAUCCCUUUGCAGGUCACUGACAGAAGGGAUGUGAUAUUUCCGGAGAGAGACCUUCCAGGGAAUUUUCCUGGCCGCGGCCGAGUGGUUGGCCAUUCAAAAUCAAGCGAGGUGCAGGAAACCGAGAUCUCAGGUGCCGAACUCUCCUUGGAGCAGUCUCUCAACAGGCUUUCCGAGCCCUCAAAACACAACGAAGUCGUGACCGGUGUCCAAGAUUCAGCCAAAGCAGUGCAGCAGGGCUCUGGUGGGGCACGGAAAAGCGAAGAGAUCCUGGUGGAGACGCCCAAGCUGUCUGCUCUGGAGAGGGUGAAGAUGGCUGAAGCUUCUGCCCUUGACGUCUCCACACUCCGCAUCAAAUCUGAGAGUGGGGAGCAGACGUACAUCGUAAAGAUGCUCUUCACAGAGACCAUAGGGGACCUGCGCCAACACCUCACCCGUGCUAGGGGUGGAGACUCCAACUCAUACGAGAUCAUCAGUACCUUUCCCCAGAGGGUGUACGCAGCCACCUCCAGGAGCCUGCAGGAAGGCGGCCUGAUCCCCAAUGCCUCCUUGCUGCUGCGGAGAAAAAAACCCUCACAAAGAGAGGAGACAGGGCUGCAAACAGCUUAA